AUGAACUUCAUCACGGCAAUCUCGUACACGCAUGCGUUGUUCCUCUCAAAGGUCGUGCGCAAAAGGGCAUACCUGGGCUUGUUCGACUUGCAUGAGAUCUAUACCAUAGUGGUAAAGCGGACGGAGGACGUCAUAGUCGAACAGGAAGCUACCUGUCUAGGACCGGGGGAGCUGUUCGACUAUAAGGCCAAGGUGCGCGCGCAGAUGAUAAUGCGAGAACGGUCGAUUGAAGAGGUGCAGACCUCGGGCGACGUCAUGAUCUGCUCAUCUGAGAGUACCGAGGUGCAACAGAUCCCUCUGACAAAGACCAGUGAGCGUCCUGAGUAACCGCAGGCGCAUUAUAUGUCGUGUUGAUCAACUGUGCAUAGAUGCGGCGACUCUUGAGUUAGGCGGUCGAACAUAUCGGUGCGUUUGGACUGAGUGGGUCGACUUUCCACGCCCACAAUCCGCAGCGAGAUCGACGUCCGCGUGUUUCGGAACCUGUUAUCCGCCCCUGGUAGCCCUGCGCAAGAUGCGGCCGGACUGGUGUUGGGCUGUGCUAGUGUCGGCCUCAGUGUACGCGUCCCGGCGGCAACGGGGCGGCGCACUCUGGGCUACUGCUAGACUCGCUCUGCGCACUAUAGAAGACGAGCGACGCGGUUGCCCAGCAGACGCAACCCACUUCUCUUCUGUUCCACCACAUCAUCCUACACAAUGUCCAGCACAUUGACGAACGUCUUCCCGCCCAAGCCGAAAUGGGGCGUAGACGAUAUCCCCGACCUGUCGGGAAAGGUCAUGCUUGUCACCGGCGGGAAUACAGGUAUCGGGAAAGAGACAGUGAAGGCUCUCUUGAAUCAUAAUGCAAAAGUAUACAUUGGCGGACGGAAUCCGACGAGAGUUGCAGGGGCCAUCGAAGACCUGCGGAAGGAGACCGGGAAGGAGGCGUUGUUCCUGCAGCUGGAUCUCGCAGACCUGCAGUCGAUCAAGCGUGCCGCCGCGGAAUUUGUCAGCAAGGAAAGCCGGCUGGAUGUUCUCUUCAACAGCGGUGGAGUCAUGAUUCCCCCGAUCGAGGAGACCACGAAGGACGGGUUCGAUCUGCAGUUCGGCACCAACGUGAUUGGCCACUUCUACCUCACGCAGCUGCUCCUCCCGCUCCUCAUCGCGUCGGCAAAGACGUCUCCAGACGGGAAGGCGCGCGUUGUGAACACAUCGUCCAUGGGACACACCCUCUCGUCCAGCCUCGACUUCGACACCUUCCGGGACGGCCCGAAGCGCCUCAAGUUGGCCACGAUGACGCUGUACUCGCAGAGCAAGUUUGGCAACAUAGUGUUUUCUAAUGAACUGCACCGGCGGUACGCCGAUCAGGGCAUCGUCUCUGUGUCGCUGCACCCGGGCACUCUCGACACUGAGCUGGCGCGUCACGGAUCGAAGUUGACGCAGUGCCUCUUCAAACCCUUCCUGUACCCUGCGCCGAUGGGUGCGCUUACGCAGCUAUACGCGGGCACCACGCCGCAGGGCGCGCAACUCGGCGGCCAGUAUCUUAUCCCGUGGGCGCGGGUGGGACGUGCGAAGAAGGAGACUGAUGACCCGGAGCUUGGCCGAAAGCUGUGGGCUUGGAUGGAAGAUGCGGUGAAGGCUGUGUGACACUGUAUGCGAAUAUAGCCGCUGUCUAUUGUGGUGCAGGUGUUGUCAUUUCUUGCCUUCGCUGUUGAUAUCCCAGCUGCCAUACACUGCCACUCAUCGAGUAAUGUCUCUACAGAGUCGUCCUGUUGUCCCUCAUGGUGUGCAUGCAACCGCCGAUCCAGGCUUGCGCCUGCAUCCUGCAAAUAGAUGCUCUUUAGC